GAAUCGAGGUGCUCGCGUCGGCGCGGAGUCCUCCGCUUCUCUAGAGGCCACUGCUGGGUUGGGCGCCAGAGACCGUCGAGAUCAGCGGCUCCACCCCGGCCGGAGAGCUGCUGACUGACCCCACCCAUCAGCGCUGCUGAGCGACUGGAGCUAGGCGAGCUAGACCCCGGUGGCUGUAGCGGCAAGGCCGGAUCGUUCCGGGGGAAGAAUAAAGGCGCUGGGCCUGGCUGCGCUGAACGAUCGGGGCCGGGAGUCGAAGGCAGGAUGCUGGCGCUCUUCACGAAGCUGCUGGACUGGUUCCGGGCGCUCUUCUGGAAGGAGGAAAUGGAGCUGACCCUGGUGGGGCUGCAGUAUUCGGGCAAGACCACCUUCGUCAACGUGAUCGCGUCUGGACAAUUCAAUGAAGAUAUGAUUCCAACAGUGGGCUUCAACAUGAGAAAAAUCACCAAGGGAAAUGUAACUAUAAAGCUCUGGGACAUUGGAGGUCAACCUCGUUUUCGUAGCAUGUGGGAGAGGUAUUGCCGUGGUGUCAGUGCAAUAGUAUACAUGGUAGAUGCUGCAGAUCAGGAGAAGAUCGAAGCUUCAAAGAAUGAAUUGCACAACCUGCUUGAUAAACCACAACUCCAAGGCAUUCCUGUUUUAGUUCUUGGGAACAAGCGAGAUCUGGCUGGUGCCUUGGAUGAGAAAGAGCUAAUUGAAAAAAUGAACUUGUCUGCCAUCCAGGACCGAGAGAUCUGUUGCUAUUCAAUUUCUUGCAAAGAAAAAGACAACAUUGAUAUCACCCUACAGUGGCUUAUUCAGCAUUCAAAGUCCCGGCGAAGCUGAGAGCUCUUUGUUCAAGUUUUGGAUCGGGAAGAUGCGAUUGUAAAAGCCAGGCGCACCUCCUCCUUUCCCUUUCCCCAUCUCCUGCUCUUUCCAUCCCUCUUGCCCACCUCUUUUUCCCUAGAUGGGUAUUUUUAGGGGACACCAGAACCCUCUUCAGCUGAGAUUGAACUCCUGUUUUUAUUAUAAAGAAACUGUCUGCCCCC